GAGUCCCCGCGCGGGAGGGCGGAGCGGCCGCAGAGCCGAGCGGUAUGUGGGCGCUCGGACGCCGCGCCGCCGUGGGUCUGCUGCCACGGACGGCGUCUGGGGCCUCGGCCUCGGUCGGGAUCCCGCGCGGGAGGGAGCCGAUCGGAGCGUGCGGCCACCGAGGCCUGCAGGUCACAACCAGCGCGGCCUCCGCCGGCCGCCACUCGAGUCUGAGCCUCCGCUACCUCGAUCAGAUUCUGAACAUCAAGAAGCAGAGUGUCUGUGUGGUACAUCUGAGGAACUCGGGAACUUUGGACAACUCAAGCUCUCUAGACGAGACAGCUUAUGAAAGACUUGCGGAGGAGACGCUGGACGCCCUGGCAGAGUUCUUUGAAGACUUGGCAGACAAACCCUAUACCCUGGAGGACUACGAUGUCUCCUUUGGGGGCGGUGUGCUAACCGUUAAGCUGGGCGGGGAUCUAGGGACCUACGUGAUCAAUAAGCAGACCCCAAACAAGCAAAUCUGGCUAUCGUCUCCCUCCAGUGGCCCCAAGCGCUAUGACUGGACGGGGAAGAACUGGGUGUACGCCCACGACGGCAUGUCCCUGCAUGAGCUGCUGGCCAGGGAGCUGACGGAAGCCUUCAACACCAAACUGGACUUGUCUUCCUUGGCCUAUUCUGGAAAAGGCACCUGAGCACCUGCCAGAUUCAAAGACAUUAAACGGACCCCAGCCUUCUUCUGUGGCUGAGUGUCUGGUUUCCAUGCCUGCUUCCGAGGACAGUCACACUGUGUGUGACAGCUCUGUGAAAAAAAGCGUGUUACCUCCCA